AUGGAGACUCGUUCGAGCAUGGCCGCGGGCCGGCCGCAAAGCAUCAAGGAGCUGGUAGCUCAGGCCGAGAACUUUGCCUUCAACGUUAAUAUCGCUAUGAAGCACUGGAUCCGGGCUGCUGAUACACUCUAUCAAGAGGCAUCAUUUGCUUUAUCGGAUGGCGAUUACGGACGAGCCUACAUGAUGCUUUAUCGACACUCCGUUUUGGUCUUGAAAUUUCUACCCACCCACCCCCAAUUCAAAGACCCCGAAAACAAAAAGGCAUUUAAAAUACUAUCGAAGCGGAUUCCACGCGUCGUCGAUGAUCUUGAGCAACUAAAACCCGAGAUUCAGGCUGCGUAUGAGGAAUGGGAACGCGCUGCGCCAUCUCCCGCUAUCGAGCGACAUAAGCAGCAGGCGGCAUCGUCAUAUGCAAACUUUGCAGCGCGAGAUCCAAGUUUAAGCGGUAAUGCAAGAAUUUUAGACGCGGCGGAGCACCAGGAUCUAGCAGUGGAUUUAGCACAGCAAGAGCUGAGCCGGCGAGAGCGAGAUAAGCGCGCGAGCAAGCAUAGUAGCGUUUGGGAAGCACGGGACACAGCGAAUAGAACAUCACAGCUCGACGAUGGCGAUCUUCGAAGACAGAUGGAGGCAACGCGCCGUACGCUUGACAUGGCGCAGGAGCGCAGAAACCUUGACGCAGCUUUGGAAGAUCACGAUAGGAGUCCUCCAGUGACCACUCAUAACUACUACUACCCAUCCCUCUCCAAGUCCAGGCCUAUUGAUUACGAACAAAGCCGGUAUUCAUCAUCAAGGGAGCCACAACCUACUAGACCGCCAAAGGAGCAUUUCGACCUGCCUCCCUUGCGGCACGAAGAAAAAUUCGACACUUCAAACUCGACUAUUCCGCCCCAGGUGCCCCGUAAGGCUCAUCUUGAUGACUAUCAACCGCUAGAUGCCACCCCACGGCCGUUGGUUGAUCUUCAUCAGCCUCCUCUUCCACCCAAAGACUCGGUGGAAAUACCUCAACCGAAGAAAGAGCGCCUCGCCUUUAAGCCUGGAGGCUAUCUCGAAAACGGCGAUCCUAUUCGGUCAAUAUUCCUCCCUGGUAGCUUGCGGUCCAAGUUUCUGGAAAUCGCCUCAAAGAACACGGCAGCUGGCUUGGAGACCUGCGGUGUCCUCUGUGGAACGCCCGUCAACAACGCCCUUUUUGUCCGCUGCCUGCUUAUUCCAGAUCAGAAAUCCACCCCUGACACGUGUGAAACGGAAAAUGAAAGCGCUCUUUUCGAUUACUGUAUGAGUGAGGAUUUGUUGAUGUUGGGUUGGAUACACACCCACCCAACUCAAACGUGCUUUAUGAGUUCUCGCGAUCUCCACACGCAUGCGGGAUAUCAAGUGAUGAUGCCCGAAAGCAUUGCCAUUGUGUGUGCGCCGAGAUACAAUGAGUAA